GACUAUGUUCUUUUUGACUUUUACAAGAUCGUGUUACAUGUAGUCGUAAGAGAUUCAUAUUCUUAUAGGAACUACAACUUUCGAAUUCUCAAAACUCACAAACUUAUGAUAAAUCCAAUGAUGAAAAAUAUCUUCUAUGGUCAAUUAUCGAGCAGUUUUAAUAGUGUCGUUGUUUCCCUCCAAAAGCACAGAUCAAAUGAUCAGUCUACGACCAAUGAAUUUGAAGGAGUAACCAUUGAAGAGCAACCCCAUAUUCCCCUACUCUUGCAAAAGUCUAAUGAAAGAUCCGAUUCAUCUAUGCAUGAUGAGCUUCGCCACUUUCGAAGAUGCUUGAAAUGGUGUGCACUUGAUCUCUCUUCCUCCCUAGGCAAAAACAUAUCAUACCUCACCUUUGUUAUCCUCGCGAUAAUCAUUCCAAUCUUAACCACUAUAUCCAUUAAAAUUCCAUCUUCUUCCUCUCCUGAUAAGCCUCUUUCAUUCAACAAACUAGUACAACUCCCUGAAUCCGGCCUAGCCUUUAUCGGGUUCUUAACAUUAUAUCGAUUUUUCAAGGAAUAUGGCCUUAAGCAACUCUUAUUUCUUGAUGGUCUAAAUGAUGAUUCCUUAGAUGUUCAACUUGGUUAUAAGUAUCAAGUAGAUAAAGCCUUCAAAAGCCUUGCUUUCAUCCUACUCCCUUCUUUUAUCGUCGAAUUUGUGCAUAAAAUUCUCUUCUUCUCAACUGUUGUUGUUUCAUUUCCUGUUAUUGGUGUUUUACCAAUCAACACAAUCAUGUUUAUAUCAAGUUUCAUGUCAUGGGUGUAUAGGACCGGUGUUUUCUUGCUUGUAUGUGUCCUGUUUCGGCUAACCUGUGAGCUCCAAAUACUUAGGCUCGAAGGCCUAAGACAUAUGUUCGAGGGUUCAGGGUCCGAGCCAUGUGCUAUAUACUUAGAACAUCGUAGAAUUAGAGAUCAAUUCUAUGUUACAAGCCACAGAUUUUGGUUCUUCAUUGUUGGGUGCAUGGUUACCAUCACAGUUAGUCAAUUGGGUGCACUUUUGCUGGUUUUAGCCUCCAAGUCCGACAAGAAUUUCUUGAAUUCGGGUGAUCUUGUGGUAUGUUCAGCAAAGCAAUUGAGUGGAUUUUUCUUAUGUUUGAUGGGAGCAGCAAGAAUAACACAUAGAGCUCAAGGCAUUGUUUCGGUUGCUACAAGAUGGCACAUGCUUAUGACUAGUUGCUUUGAUAGUACAAACCAUAACAAAGUGACAUACUUGCAGCAUAACAAUGGUGGGAUUACAUUAUUCGGAUUCGCGCUUGAUCGUGGAAUGCUUCACACUUUAUUUGCAUUUGAAAUGUCACUAGUUCUCUGGAUAUUAAGCAAGGCAAUUGUACUAUCUUGAAUGAUAAUCUCCUGAGUGUUCACAACAAAUUCAUGUUUCACCCUAGUUUGCAAUAUUUUUUUUUGUGUGGAUAAUAUACAUAUCAAAUGAGUUCUGUUUUUGUGAAAUGUAAUAUUGUUAAGGCAACAAAAACUUAUUGUAUGUAAUUUUUCAACAAUUAUCCUAUUCAUGUAAAUUCUAUCCUUGGCAUUUUUAUUUGAUAAUAACUGCACAUGGUUUGGU